UCCGUACAGAACGUCGUGGAUUUAACUCCGUGUUUAUGUGUAGUGUAAUAUGUGAUGCUUAAUAAUUAAAAUCAAAGGACAUAUUUACCGGAAUAACAAUUAAAUUAUAAAAAAUAAUUGUUAAAAUGUUAUUACAACAAGCUCUACAAAAAAAAUUCAAAUAUGAAAAUUUUAAAAGUGAUUUGCAAGCACGUGCUACUGCAGCUAUCAAUGACAGAAAAAAUGACGUUUAUGUUUGCAUGCCAACUGGAGCUGGAAAAUCAUUAUGCUUUCAAUUGCCAGCAACGUUGAAAGAAAAUUCAGUGGCUCUUGUUAUUUCUCCACUUCUGGCUCUUGUCAAGAAUCAAGUAGAUUUUUUAAACACCAAAGGAAUAAAAGCAAAUGCAUUGAAUUCAAAAACAAGCAGCAAAGAGAAAUCAGCGAUAAUGAAGGAUAUAUCCAGUAAAAAACCAACAAUUAAAUUGUUAUAUAUCACACCUGAGAUGUGUGAUCAAGCUCACUUUCAAAGUUUAUUAGAGAGUAUGUACAAAUUAAAAACAAUUUCAUAUUUUGUUGUCGACGAAGCUCAUUGUUUAAGCCAAUGGGGGCACGAUUUUCGUCCUACAUACAGAAAAUUAAAUAUCUUGCGUUUAAAAUGUCCUGAAGUUCCAAUAAUUGCUCUCACUGCUACCGCAGCUAAAGAGAUUGUACAAGAUAUUUUUUCUAGUUUGACCAUGAAAAAUCCGUUGAUAUUUUCAGCUCCGGUAUUCCGUGAGAAUCUUUUUUACGAUGUGUGGUUUGUAGACGCCAUAACAAACCCUCUUGACCAUUUAGUUACUUAUAUUAUCGAAGCGCUCAGUUCUUUUGAUGAUACCAAGAUGCCGAUUAAUGGCAAAAAUUGCGGGAUUAUUUAUUGCCGUAAAAAAGAAGCUACGGAAUUUAUUGCUGAAAAAUUAAGCGCUUCGGGAAUUCCUACGUUAGCUUAUCAUGCAGGUUUAAAAAGUAGCAGCCGCACUGAAAUUCAAGAUAAAUGGACCUCUGGCUUGGUGCCAGUUAUUGCAGCAACCUGCAGCUUUGGAAUGGGAGUAGACAAAGGAUCAGUUAGAUUCGUUAUUCACUGGACAAUCCCACAAAGCAUAGCGGCUUAUUACCAAGAGUCCGGCAGAGCUGGUCGUGAUGGCAAUCCAGCUUUCUGUCGCAUUUAUUACAGUAACGAGGAACUGCGGGCUAUAUCAUUUUUGUUAAAAAAUGCAGAGCAUGAACAAAAUGCUGAUAUAGCUAAACAUCGGUUCAAAAAUUUUGAGACUCUUGUUAAUUAUUGUAUUGAGCCAAAAUGUCGGCAUGCAAGAUUUUCUCAAUUUUUUGGGGACAAUCCUCCGCAAUGUACUAACCGAUGCGAUGUUUGUAAAGAUGGAGAGGAUGUGAAGAGAAGAAUUGCUGAAUUUGAACUCAGUCAAUCGCGAUCACAUUCGCAUAGAAAAAGAAAUUACGAUGAUGACAGUAUUGCACUUCCUAAAUAUGACUUCCAGGAUGACCAAGAAGGUGGCGGAGGCUCCAGAGAUUCUUUUGAAGCUAGAGAAAAACGAGAAGCUAUGGCGAUGAUUCAGCAACAGUUUGCUCUACGUCGUGGUGAUAGUGACAAAAAUGAUAAGAUAAGAAAAAAAAACCAAAUAGACGCUAAAAAUUCACGAGUUAAAGCUGCAGAGAGUACUGAUCGUAAGGUCAAAGGUUUGUCAAUCCAAGUCCGUGAAUUUUAUCUGUCACAAUUGAAAGAUGCAUUGUUUAAGAAUUUUAAGUGUUGCCAAGAGGAGGAUUUAAUUGUAGACUUAGCAGAGACAAAUGUUGAUGAUGUAGCACGUGAAUUGGAGUACCGAAUCUUCAGUCAAACGAAGCUAGCCAAUAAAUACAAACUUAAUGUAUCUAAUGAGGUAUCAACUAUCCGACAAUGCGAAAAAUCUAAAACACUUCACGAAAGUUUUAAAAAAAUAGAUUCGCCAAAAAAAUCAACAAAUAAUUUCGGCGGAUUUAUAACUUGUACAGAAUUAAUAGAAAUAGAAAAUAAAAACAAAGUUACCGAUAAUUUAAUAAAUAAUAAAAAUCUAACGGCAUUUAAAAGUGCCUUGGAAUUAAAAAUUGAAGAAGACAGUGAGAAGAAAAAUAAAAAAAUUUUAAAUGGAGUUGAAGAAGAUCAUGAAUUAAGUAAUUUAAAAAAAUUAAUUUACGACGCUCCGAGCAACGAAGGUAUGAAUAAACAUUUUAAAUUUAUUGAUAAAAAAUCCGAUUUUUUAUUUGAUGCAAAAGAAAAAUCUGAUAAAGAAAAAGACAAAAUUACGGAAAGUCUCAAAAAAGACAAGAAAAUUAAUGAGAGUCAAUCUGCAAAAAAACGUCAGGUUAAAAAAAAAAUCUCUGGCCAGGAACAGAAUUCUUUGUUGAAAUACAUGGUCAAAAAAGAUAGCGUUAAAAAUAGUGAUAAAAAAAAUGUCAGUAAUAGUUUUGAUGAAAUAACGUCUAACCAUUCGGAUGUUUUGGUAAUAGAUGACUCCGAGCCAUUAAAUGACGAUAAAAAAGUUAUUAACGCUAAUAAUACUGACGUUAAUGGUAAAGUUAAUAAAAACUGUAAAAAUAAACGGUCAUAUUCUUCACCAAUGUCAGCCGAGACGGGUGAAAUAAACCGGCCGAGUAAGCGAAGUAAAAAUGAUUCGGUAGAUAAAAAUAAUAAGAGUAAAAAAGAUAAAAGUUUAGAUUAUACUGAUGAGAAAAAAAAAUUACGCUUUGAUACUGCUAAAGUUCUUAAAGCUUAUCUUAUGAAGUUUUAUCCUUCGAAAAGAAUUCCUGAUAAAGAAUCUUUUACUAAAAUUUGUCGAGGGAUUCAUGUGUUGAUUAUGGAUAAAAAAAUAUUUGCUGAACCGGAUAUUUACAAAUUUGUGAGAAAUUAUUUACGUGAAAAUACCAGUAAUCCCAGUGGGUAAAAAUAAAACCAAUUACCAAUUUACCUCAAUAAUCAGUACCUCAAAAAAAAAUUUUUUUAUUUUUAUUUUUAAUCAUUGUUCAUUGUAAAAACAUGUUGAUUAUUUAUUUGUGCUAUUUAUAAAAAUACUUAAAAUUUUUCAUAAUAUUGAAUUAGUUUUUUUUUUAUUAAAAAAAAAAAAAGCUCAUGACCAUUAAAUUGUAAACAAUUAGACUUAGGUUUAUUUUUUCUUACGAUUGUUUAUCAUUACUAACGACGCAACCAACUGUAAUGUUUUUGCAAUGAGUUAGUGUUACAAAAAUAUAUUUAGGUGUAAUAUGACGAAAAGCGCUUGACAUUUAAUUUAAUAGGAAGUGUUGAAUAAAUUUUAAUAAGAUACAAAAUAA